AUGUCCGGACUCAAGCCUGGUGACACCUUCCCCUCCGACGUCGUCUUCGAGUACAUCCCGUGGACUGAGGAGAAGAGCGACAUCACCGCCUGCGGUAUCCCUGUCAAGUACAACGCCUCCAAGGAGUGGGCCGACAAGAAGGUUGUCCUCUUCGCUCUUCCUGGCGCCUUCACUCCUGUUUGCUCUGCUCGCCACGUCCCCGGCUACAUUGAGAACCUCCCGAAGCUCAAGGAGAAGGGUGUUGACGUCGUGGCUGUCCUGGCCUACAACGAUGCCUACGUCAUGAGCGCCUGGGGCAAGGCCAACAAGGUCACUGGCGACGACCUCCUUUUCCUGUCUGACCCUGACGCUAAGUUCUCCAAGAGCAUCGGCUGGGCCGACCACGAGGGUCGCACUGGCCGCUACGCCAUCGUCCUCGACCACGGCAAGGUCAUCUACGCUCAGCGUGAGCGUGAGAAGAACGUCCUUGAGGUGUCGAGCGCCGAGGCUGUCCUUGCUGCUAUCUAA